AUGCUCGGACUCCACCUCCAGGCUGACCUGCAGGGCACGCAAGCUGGAAACGAGGGGGUCAGGCAGGACCCGACGUCGAUCUGCACUGUGGCUCCGCAGACUGGUGGUGGCCUUUCAGAGGCCUCCCUGGACUCAUCGGGGAGUGCUCACAGCCUUUUUGGCAAAGACUCUGAACUCCCAGCCUUGGCUGGAGCAGAUGCGGAGCUCAAGGAGACAGCGGCUCAGGUGUCUGCUGCGAGGGGGAACAUACUGCAGGCAGUGAGAGAGGUCCUCAGAGACCACGGUGUCCAAGAGGAGAAGAGAGAGGAAAUUCUGCAGUUGACCCAGGCGGCAAUUAAGAAGGUGCUUGAAAACUACCACCAGAUGCCUGACUGGGCUCUGGAAGCCAUAGGCGCCGCCAUUGACAAGGAGAGGACAUCCAAGACUUAUGGUGGGCAAGGCAAGAAGACCUGGUGGCUUCCGCCAUUCGGCUUUUCUUCUGCAAACCCUCCAGAGACAAUCUUGCAGCCCCGUAUUGCCCCUGGCGACUGCUGGCCUUUCCAAGGAUCUCGGGGCCACGUGGUCAUCCGGCUGCCUGAGCAAAUCUGGCCAACGGCUUUCACCAUCUGGCACAUCUCCGCGGCAGUCUCUCCUUCCGGGGAAGUCAGCAGCGCCCCCAAAGAGUUUGCUGUCUCCGGAGUGGAUGAGGCAACGGCAGAAACUCUCCUGGGGACAUUCACCUACGACGUGCACAAGGAGAUCGCUCAGACGUUCCAUGUGCAGAAGGAGCUUCCCAGGACCUUCCGCUACAUCAAAUUCCGGGUGCAGAGCAACUGGGGAAACCCGGAGUACACCUGUGUGUACCGAGUACAGGUUCACGGGAAGACGGCGAGCCCCAACGACCACCCGCAGGCCCAAGAGCUUCUUUUGGAAGAAGAAUAAAACAAAGAUGAUG